UUCUUAUUAUGCUGGCUUAAGUAGGUAAAACUUUUUUUUCUCCCUCAAAUAUGGCUGUUGUGUGCUUUGCUUAAGGUAUGAUCAGUUGGAACUGAUCAGUCGCUUGUGGAGUCGGGGUUCUGAUUUGAGUUUGAAGAAAGGGGAAAGGAGCUGUUAGACAUUGAAGCUGUAUGUGUUUUAACACAGAGAGGUGAUGCUGAUACUUAAGGUAUUUGCUUUCACUUCUUGGAAUUUUUCCAUUUUUGACUCAGCACAUAUUAGACUCUGUUUAAUAUUCAAGGGCAUCCACUUUACCUUUCCACUUUUGUUAAACCCAAUAUAAAAGUGAUAUGUUGAAUGAAAAAGAUACUUCACAUGGCAAUAUUUUAGAAUAUGUGUGCACAGCAUGGCUAGAUUUCAGAAAUUUCUAAACUAGUAACUUCUCUUGGAAUUUUUUCCUGUAUGUCUCAAGGGCUAGACAGUGAUGGUCUGCAUUUUUGGCAAGACUCGUUGUUAAAGGACAUCGAUAAUGGCCUCCAUUUUUCAUACUCUAUGCUUCCAAAUACGUUUCUUUCUGUUCCCGUUUUUUGCUGAGUUGGUAGAAAGCCUGUGUCUGUUGAGGGUCAGCCAUACCGGGUUUGAGGUUUAGACUUGAAUUUUCUGCUUUGAUAGCAUCUGUCUGACUUUAUGCAUGAGAGAAGGUGAUUCAGAGGCUAUUAAAUCCUAGGUUUGUUUUUGAGGUCUCUUGAGGUAAAACUUUCCCAAAGGAGUAAGUGUCUCUUUAAUAUUGGCGAGGCUGGAUAGAUGAAGUUUAGCUGCAUGUCUUGGCAGAACCCUAACUUGGAUCCCUUUCACAUGAAAAUGGGGCACCCAUUUACUGUUUCAUGGGGGUAACUUUUGAAGGCCUGGGUUAAUGUUGAGUUCUGUGUCUAAUAGCUUUCUCUGAGAGUGGGGUCAGCAUCUUAUUAUGUGAAGUUCUCCUUGUACCAUUUAGGCAACUUGGCCUUCUCUGGGGGUUAAAAAGACUGUUUCUCAUGAGGUUGGAGGCUGUGCUGCGCUUCUCAAUGGUGGUGAGUUGUAAUGAUCCUGAAGACAUUCUUUCCAGUUGCAGAAAGUACUGCAAAAAGUGAGGGCUUCUGUGUUCAGACUUUCUUUUUUCUGCUCCUGAUUAUGAUGAUAAUGUUGGAUUAUUCUGAGAUGCUUCCUCAGCGUUUCCUUUGUUGAGAGAUUUUUGUUCAGGAAACUGAGCAAAGACCUCACUGGCAUUUCAGGAUAGUCAGAUGUGGAAUAACCACCACCGAAGAUGUGGGUAUUUUUUCAUUACGUUGCGUCAACUCUAAGAAGUAGUGUCGAGCGGCUGACUUAUGCAGCCCAAGUCGUUUGACCUUUCAUGGCGUGAUGUACACUUUCCUCAGAAAGUUUGCCAAGGAGAGAGGACUAAAGUCUGCUUCAUUUAAGGAAAAGAGAAAUCAAAUAGUUAGCUAUUUGAAAAGUCAUCAGGAAUACAUAGUGCCUGUUAGCACAGGAGGCAAAGCAGCAAUGAACUGAAAGAUUUCAGCCUCGUCUCUUUGGCUCCUGUGUCUCUCCUUGUCACCGUGGUGGGCGUUUUCUUACAUCUCUGCAAAGAUGGCCGUGCUGAGAGUCAGCACCGUGAACCCCUGAACUUUUCCCAUCCUUUUCCUGAUAAGGCAAUUCUGGGCCCUGAAGCUAAAUUCUCUUCCAGUUCCAAUUCAGUUUUUCAUAAAUCUUAUUAUUUUCAUUUUUUUACAACUUUCCAGAGGAGAAGAAUAGAAAUGUGAUAUGUGCUGGGUGUUAAAGGUUAUGAGAAAGGCUAAUGAUAUUUUAAAUUUUUCCCUUCUCUUGACCUUGCAGACCCGUUUUAGAUUUCUCUGCUGGUAUUUGUGCUUUAAAUCUGUAUUCGUUUUCUGCUCACGUUUGAUAUUUUAAGGACUGUCUUCUUCCUUUAUUGGAAGACAGUGCCUGAGGGCUGAGGUGAAGAAGGGGGCUACUCAAAUGCUUUUUUUGAAAACUUUCUUUGGAAAUUGAUGGGGAAAGGGAUUGUUAUUCGAUGAGUUUGCAUCUAGGUGGUUUGUGUAAUCCUUUCCCAUAUUUCUGCUGUCUGACUGUUCAUCAGUCAGCUAUCAUUCCAAUAAUGCUGCACAGAACCCACUCCAACCCAGUGGCUGAAAACAUUUAUUUUCCCUCUUGCAUGUGCAGGUUGGCUGGUGGUUGGCUGGUCUAGUCUGCUUUGUUUGGUCUUGGAUCCAGGCUGCGGGUGGGUUCCAGGUCUGUUCCACAUGUCUCUCAUCCUUUUGGACCAGCUGAUCAUCUGGAGCAUGUUCUUCUCAUGGUCUUGACUAAGGUACAAGCAGGCGGGCCUAGCCAUGCAAGUGCUUUUCAAGCUUCUGCUUGUAUUGUGUCUGCUAGCGUUCCAUUGACCAAAGCAAGCCAUUUGGCUGAACUGAAAGUCAAGGGAGAAGAAGUAUAUUUCACCCACAAUAAGGCCAUGGCAAAGUGAUACAUGUGUAAUCCUCCUUUGAGAUCAGUGGUUUAGUAUACACAUGCCCACGUUAAACUGUGAAACUUUGAAUUCUGGGUACUGCUCUUCCAGUGAAUUUGCACAUUUUGUAGAGACAGGCCCAGUGAAGCAGUAAAUUCCAGGGAUUAUCUUCAUCAUCAGGACCUGGUUGUUUACGCUACCAGGUUGUCAGUUAUCCUCCUUCCAAGCCCCAAAUUCUAAACAUCCAAGGAGAGACCUUUGGGGAGAAGCCUGAAGAGAGUUAAAACAUCCAGGGGAUUGAAGGGAUACCCAAAGACCAAUUUGGUGUUUAUUCGCAUGAUGAGAGCCUAUCGUGUUGCUUUUUCUUGCCCAACUUUAUUGACAAGUCAUGUCAGAGAAGACUCAUGGGUGUUGUUUGAAGAGAGUAUCACUGACUGAUUGCCCCCAGGAACUCGAGGGAGGGUUCGGAAGCAUUUAACUGUUUAAGAAAUGCAGUCAUCCGCCAUCCUGAACCAGACCAGGCCCCACCACAGUAGCCACCUAUGACCUUUGCCUCAUUUUUAAUGCUAAGAUCUCCUCUCUGGGAGGAGCCUAGGCCUUAUUACCAUAACCUGCAUUGUAUGUGGACACAUUUUCCAACUGAGCCUGGGCAAGCAACUGCCCACCUAUCCCUUUUGAAUAUUCAUUCCCUCUCUGAAAUAAAAGGCCGCUGCUUCCCUGUGUUAGGGCCACCACAACUUUGCAAAUGAUUCUGCGUGGCCUCCUAUUUGCUGCAAAUAUUCCCUACUUUGUGUAACAACUACUUCUGGUGAAGGGUCUGAUUUUAACUCGCCAGGAGGUGAACCCAUUUUGGUUCGGUCACAAGAAGACUAAGGAAAAGAGCAAUAACCCAUCUUCUCAGUCCUUGCAGUGACCUUCUUUGUCAUUGUUAAGCUACCUGUGCGAUGUGCUUGUAUUUCCUGUUCCAGGUAUAAGCCUUGAGAUUAGCUUGUCAGCAUACAUCAGGAGGACUGACUUCAGGAAUUCAUGGAAAUCCCAUCUCGUGCAGGGGAGUCUCAAGUCAAUGUGUAAGGCAAAGGACCCUUGAAGUCAGAAUUACUCUUGAAAGUCCCUUAAUGUCCAUGGAAAUCACCAGAUGCUGAGCUCUUGGAUGAUUACAAGCCAAGGAGUAACUUUGUUCCUUUCUUUUUCGUCUAGUCUGUGGCUUCCCUUGCUCGGGCGAGUGAAAUCCAGGGUGCUGUUGAGUGUGGGUGGAGUGGGGGUGAGAGGCUGCUGUGUAGACACAGGCUCUGACGAAAGGCCUGGCUGUUUUCUGCGGAGCUGCUGGCACCAUGGUGAAUAACGGUGGAGCCUUGGGCUUUGAUCUGCAGAACUUGGAUCUUCGGCUUCAGUUCCCUUUCUGACUUACUGGCUCAUAAUUAUUAACCACAACUGUUGCUUAUCCUAGUUCCUAGCUUGGAAAUCGUGGUGGAUGGUAACCUCUUCCUUAUAUAAAAGGUAACGGGGUGUUAAAAAGCAAAAUUCAGCUGAGUAACUUUGAAGAUCUAAUUGGCUUUUCUAAAUGAUUCGUGAAUAUGGCAGCAUCCCACCUAGUAAGUAGAGAGGAGCUCUGAGGGCUGUACAAAAAGGAAGGUUUUUAUAGGUAGGAGUUGGGCGGGACAGACAAGUUAUUAAUAAAAGAAAAGAGGAUCCUUGGAGGCCAGGUUACCCUCCCUUGGGGGAGCCAGGGUCCUAUUCUGCAAGCCCUUAUCAGGGCUGACCAGGGAAGUCCAGACUGGUUGGCUUAAAAUCCCACCUGGGAGAGGCAGGAACUGCGCUUAGCUGGUUAGUGUUGGUGGGCUUAGCUACCUGCCUCCAUCUGGGGCUUGUGUCUUUUUAACUGGGGUAAGAGAUGCUAAAGUGCUUGGGGGUGUUUUGAAAGUAGCUAACCUAUGACAGAAGAUAGUGUGUUUAUCUUAAAGAGAUAGUCCUUAGGCAGUUAGGUAAUGAGAGUUUUAUCAUCCUCUACUGUGUACCCCGUAUCCACACUCUUGCUCCUUAAACUGCCUUCCUCAUUUUCAUUAAUCUUCAUUUUCAAGAAGUUAAAGUCCAAACUCCCUUGCCUGGCCCCCAAAGGCACUGAUCUCAUUUUCCUGUGUCCUGUCACGGUUCUGUCCACCCCAGCACCCUGGCACCCCCACCCGGCCCUGCCAGAUGUCUGCACUCACCUGGGCGUUUGGUGUCUUGGUGUCGCGGCCUUUGCCUGUGUUGUUUCGUCAUUCGAGAUGCUCCUUUUCUAUGCCUGUCAGAAUCUGCUUUGAAGCUCUCUUUGAUCACUCAUCUCUCUCACUUCGCAGGUAGAGUGGUUUUGUUUUCCUCUGUGAUUCUACAGCAUUUGGUUUUACUUCUGUCGCAUCACGGUAUUUAUCAUAAUCUGAGUUUGCUGGUCUUGGUUUCUCCCUCUAAACAGGAGAAGGAUCUGGACAAGGACUGUCUCUUUAUCAUUCUGUAAACCAACUCCUAGAACUCUGCUUCUGACAGAGCAGGCAUGUAGUGAAAACUUACUGGAGUAAAGUGGUAUCGAGAAACAAAGACAAAACCUUUCUGUUAAUUUGCUAGGGCUGACGUAACAAAUCCACAGAUGGGUGGCUUAAACAGCAGCCAUUUAUUUUCUCACAGUCCUGGAGGCUGGAAGUCCAAGAUCAAGGUGUCGGCAGGGCUGGUUUCUCCUGAGGCCUCUCUCCGAGGCUUGUGGAGAGCCGCCUUCUCUCUGAGUCAUCACAUGGCCUUUCCUCUGUGUCACCCUCUGAGUGUCCUAAUCUCUUCUUAGAAGGACACCAGUCAGAUUUGAUCAGGGCCUACCCUAACGGCUUCCUUUUAACCUAACUACCUCUUUAAAGGCCCUGUCUCCAAAUGCAGUUACGUUCUGAGGUACCGGGUGUUAGGACUUCAACUUAGGAGUUACAAGGGGACACGGUCUGCCCAUAGCCACCUUGAACUGCACACAGCUGAUGCCACGUGGGAAAGGAACGUGGAGCGCUGUACAGGCAGCAGUUGUACCCUGGUCAUGCUCCUUCCUGUACUGUCAGUCAUGAUCUUCUCAUUCCUAUUCAAAAGGCUUAUUAUGACUGUAUUUUGUUUCUUGGAAGGAAUGUGGCUGAAUUUCUUUUGAUUAUAGUCUGGUCCUUCAUUUGGAUUGGUUAGAUCUUUGCUGUUCAAAGUGUGGUUCCUGGACCAGCAUCAUCAGCAUCCUCUGAGAGCUGGUUAGAAAUGCAUGAUCUCAGGCCCCACUGCAGACUUGUUAAGUCGGAAUCUGUAUUUGAAUCAGAUGCCCAGGUGAUGUGUCUGCACCUUAAGGUUUGAGUGCUGCAUUAGAAAAGCUCAGGUAAAGUGGAGGAGUCUUGGGCAUCUUUGCCCUCAGAUCUGUUCUCCGCCUUCUCCUGCUCUGCUCUGCAUCACAGGGUCUGACCCCUGUGGGCUGUGCUUUCCCGGGCUCGUGUGGGUCUCACUGUGGGAGAUUGGAGGGAGAAACCAGACCUCUUCCCUUGUGUCUCCUUGUGGCAUCCACAUCCCCAGCGCAGUUACACCUAGUGACACAGCCCUGGCCUCCACAAAACCUCCUCCCCUCUUUGUCCUUCCUGUCUGGAGGUGAUGCUGGUUUAACUGUUGUUGUCAGUUUGCAGGUGGCCAUCCUCAAUGGCUUCUCAACUCUUCCUUCAGCCGAGUAACCAAUUCCUUAUAGUAAAACCCCUGGGAUGUAAAUACUGAAAUAGUUUCUGUUUCAUAGUUAGACCUGGUCUGAUACCAAAGUCCACAUCCUGAUCUCUUGACUUGCUCUGCCGGCUUCUCAGAAUCUGUGUUAACAUACUCUUCUUCUCUUUUUGAUCUAUCUUUCUAGUCUCUUAGAAUGCUGCCUCAAUGUGUUUUUCAUCCUGGCUGAAUUUGUCUGAAACUGCGAUAACUCUCUUGGGUCUUGAAACUUAAUGUUGUCAUAAAUCCAGCGUCUGCAAGUCCUGGAUCGUGCAUUCCUGAGGGCUUAGUAUUGGUUCCCCUUUGCAUGGCUGCGAUAUUGUGGCGACUGCUUAGUGUUUAAAGUGGUUUAUAAAGUGACUACUUAAUACCCCUCCUGUGUACCUUUUGGCUUGGCUUUUUAUAAAUCUUGUAUGUUUUAUUGCUGAUCAAUUUUUUUUGAGUAAUGCAGAAUCUACUAAUUCUUUGUCCACUCCCACUUUCUCUCUCCCCACCCCCGCUUCAUGCAUGUUUCUGGUUUGUCUGCUCUGUGCAUGUUUUAGUUUCUCUGUCCCAGCAUUUUGUAAACGAUUAAAAAAAAUGCUCAAAGAUAUGUUAUCUGACUUCCAAAUAACUCCUUGAGCUCUGUGCUUCGCAAUAAAUCACAGACAGUUUGGACUGCAGCAUCAGGCUCUCAAGUGUCUGACAGAUGGUGCGACAGAAGGGAGAGCCGACUCUGUGCAGCGUCCAUCCAGAGCCGGACCGCAGAGUGGUCCUCGCAGCCCUGAGAGCGCUCUCUCUGAACAAACUCUAGCCCUUAGGAAAGAAGGGAUUGGAGUCGUUUUGGAUUCUGAGCUGCCCCAUUUGAUUGGCAUUGAUGACGACCUUCUGAGUACUGGAAUCAUCUUAUAUCACUUGAAGGAAGGUCAGACAUAUGUUGGUAGAGAAGAUGCUUCAACAGAACAAGAUAUUGUUCUUCAUGGCCUUGACUUGGAGAGUGAGCACUGUAUUUUUGAAAAUGUUGGAGGGACAGUGACUUUGAUACCCCUGAGUGGCUCUCAGUGCUCUGUAAAUGGUGUUCAGAUCACGGAGGCCACACACCUCAAUCAAGGUGCCGUGAUUCUCUUGGGAAGAACCAAUAUGUUUCGCUUUAACCAUCCAAAGGAAGCUGCCAAGCUCAGGGAGAAGAGGAAGAGUGGCCUUCUGUCCUCCUUCAGCUUGUCCAUGACUGACCUCUCGAAGUCCUGUGAGAACCUCUCCGCGGUCAUGUUGUAUAACCCAGGACUUGAAUUUGAGAGGCAACAGCGUGAAGAACUUGAAAAAUUAGAAAGUAAAAGGAAACUCAUAGAAGAAAUGGAGGAAAAGCAAAAAUCAGAUAAGGCGGAACUGGAGCGGAUGCAGCAGGAGGUGGAGACGCAGCGCAGGGAGACGGAGAUUGUCCAGCUGCAGAUCCGCAAGCAGGAGGAGAGCCUGAAACGCCGCAGCGUCCACAUCGAGAGCAAGCUGAAGGAUCUGCUCGCCGAGAAGGAAAAGUUUGAAGAGGAGAGGCUGAGGGAGCAGCAGGAAAUCGAGCUGCAGAAGAAGAAACAAGAAGAAGAGAGCUUUCUCCGUGUCAAAGAAGAACUCCAGCGGCUCCAGGAACUCAACCACAAUGAGAAGGCCGAGAAGACUCAGAUAUUUCAAGAGCUGGACCAGCUCAAAAAGGAAAAAGAUGAACAGUAUGCCAAGUUUGAGUUGGAAAAAAAGAGGCUGGAGGAGCAAGAGAAGGAGCAGGUCAUGCUCGUGGCCCAUCUGGAGGAGCAGCUGCGAGAGAAGCAAGAGAUGAUCGGGCUCCUCCGGCGAGGGGAAGUGCAGCGGGUGGAGGAGGAGAAGAGAGCCCUGGAAGGCAUCCGGGAGGCCCUUCUGCGGGUGAAGGAAGCACGGGCCGAAGGGGACGACGAUGGCGAGGAGUUAGAAAGGGCUCAGCUGCAUUUCUUAGAGUUCAAGAGCAGGCAGCUGGUCAAGCUAGCCAAUUUGGAGAAGGACCUGGUUCAGCAGAAAGACCUCCUGGAAAAAGAAGUUGAAGAAGAGAAGGAAAUCCUAGAACGUUUAAAAUCUGAAAAUGAAGAAGAAUUUGGGUUAUUGGAAAAAAAUGAUGAUAGUGUCACCUUGGGGACUCAAAAUUUAGAGAGAAUAAAGCCAGCGGAGUACAGGCUGCAAUAUAAAGAACGCCAGCUCCAGUACCUCCUGCAGAAUCGUUUGCCAACUCUGUUAGAAGAAAAGCAGAGAGCGUUUGAGAUCCUUGACAGAGGCCCUCUCGGCUUAGACAACACUCUCUAUCAAGUGGAAAAAGAGAUGGAGGAAAAAGAGGAACAGCUUGCGCGGUACCAAGCCAAUGCGAGCCAGCUGCAGAAGCUCCAAGCCACUUUUGAAUUCACUGCCAACAUCGCACGUCAGGAAGAAAAAGUGAGGAGGAAGGAGAAGGAGAUUCUCGAGUCCCGGGAGAAGCAGCAGAGAGAGGCGCUGGAGCGCGCUGUGGCCAGGCUGGAGCGCAGGCACUCAGCCCUGCAGAGGCGCUCCACCCUGGGCGUGGAGAUCGAAGAGCAGAGGCAGAAGCUGGCCACUCUGAACAGCAGCAGCAGCGAGCAGUCGGGGCUCCGGGCCAGCCUGGAAGCUGAGCAGGAAGCCCUGGAGAGGGACCAGGAGAGGUUAGAACAUGAAAUCCAGCAAUUGAAGCAGAAGAUCUGUGAGUUCGAUGGUGUUCAAAAAGGGCAUUCUGAGACCUUGGAGGAGAAAGCUGCUUCUUCCCGCUUGCCAUCCAGUGCUGAAAAAUCUCACCUGGUCCCUCUGAUGGACGCCAGGAUCAAUGCUUACAUUGAAGAAGAAGUCCAAAGACGUCUUCAGGAUUUGCAUCAUGUGAUUGGCAGUGACAGCAAUACCUCUGCAGAUCUGAUGAAGGAUAAUGAGAAACUUCACAAUGGCACCAUUCAACGUAAGCUAAAAUAUGAGAAAAGGUAUCUUGCCCUGCUGCCGCCCAGAGAUGGUACUGACACUUCCAGCAGAGAGGAGAGGAGUAAGGUGGAUCAGAACAACCACCAGAGUCAUCCAAGGACACAGAGCAUCUCAGGCGUGACAACUCCCUCCUCAGCAUCACAAGAGAGAACCCACCAGCAAAGGGAUCAGCCUUCAAUACACGAGAUGCUGCAGAACAGUGAUUGUCCUGAGCACAUGGGCGGUUUUCAAGUAAAACAUUUCAGUCUACCUAAAAUUUCUUUUAUUAACGAAAGCAACACCAGCGAUGCUGAACAUUUGCAGGGUAAGUCAGAAAACUUCGGUGAGUCGAUGACUCAUAAAGAUGAACACAGCUUGGGAAUCGAGUCCAGCUGGACUUGGCUGCAACAUACGUCCCAGGAAGUGUCUAUAAAUAGUGGAAGCAAGCAGACCAGGCAAAGCAAGUUACUGUGCGUUGUUCUUUCUGAAAGUGUUUCUAGCAAGGAGAGCGUUUCCGACAGUGUUCCUCAGAGCGCACCAGCCUCAAAGUAUUGUAAGGUGCAGCAAACUGAGAAUGAGUUAGCUGCUGAAACCGUUACUUCUCCAGAGUUGCUGACUGAUACCAAGACAGAAAGAAACAGUGGAUUGGGAUAUUUUUACCACAAGUUCUCAGACCUUUAUAAAGAUACCAGCAGUCACCUGCUACAGGCUGGCACAAGGGUGAUCAGCCAAGCCAGGCAUGUGGGGAGCCUGUGUGACCCCAGUGGGCUCACCUCCCACAUGACAAUGUUCAUCAGAAGAAUGCCAAUUCUGAAACACUUACCCCUGGAUGUGCCCUUGAAGUCAUACACGGUGUCAUUAGAAUCUCAUUCUUUUCCCCAGAAAGCUCAGGUUGGCAGCAGUGACAGCAAAGAGGCCAGGGCCAUUAGGCCAGCAGAGAGCCUCGUGCCAUACAGAGCACCGGGCCCUCCUGCUGCCCCCUCAGCCACAGAGUUCCCAGGGUCCUCGCCCUGCUCAGUUUUCCGCCUGGAAUAUGCAGAUACUAGAGGGAGCCCUGCAUUCAAGCAGACGCUUGUGCAGUUCCCAGACGACAUGCUGGAACUCCAAGAGGGCCCUGUAAAAGACCUUCUUGAGCACGUGGCUUGUUCUCCACCAGAACUUCUGGGUGACAUGAAUGAAGUCAGAGGCAUUUACUGGCUUGCUGUUGCGAACUGCGCAGAGCCGGACCCCCAGCCGGCGUGUCUGCUCCUGCUUCCUUCAACUUUAUGUGCUUUGGUUCUGUCAGAUGACGGUCCAGGCUCUCUGGGCGUUUUUCACGCUCUCCCUCUCUCUGGACUACAGGAGAUACAAAUCGGCUUUGGUGGACAGAGCAUUCGAUUCCUGGGCUCUGCAGAGAGUCUCCUGCUCACUGUAUUUAGUUACAACAAAAACCUCUGUCAGCAGAUAUGCCGUGACCUCCUGUGUGUGCUGAUGCCCACAUCUGAGGCUGUUGCCUACACUAAGCAUCCUUUGCUCCAGGAAGAUCUGGUCCAGCUUUCUCUUGAUUGGAAAGCUGAAAUCCCUGAUUUAGUUUUGGCAAACGGAGUCCGGUUGUCAUCCAAAUUCAAGAAUACCUUGGUUGACAUGAUUUACUUUCUUCAUGGGAACAUGCAAGUCAACAUCCCCUCUCUGGCAGAAGUUCAGUUAUUGCUCUACACGACGGUCAGAGUCGAGGGCGACUCCGGCCAAGACUGCUGCCAGUCACUAGUCCUUCUGAACACCCACAUUGCACUUGUGAGGGAAGAUCGAGUGUUUCAUCCUCACACUCGGUCUCUAAGCAGACCUCCUCCACGCGCACAGUUUGACGUGAUCAAAUGCCGUGCUUUAAGCGAAUUCAGGUGCGUUGUUGUUCCAGAGAAAACAUUAUCAGCAGUUGAACUUGUCUUUUUACAAAAACCUGAACUUCCACCAGAGUCAAGAAACGGUCCAUGUGAGCACUCUGAAGAAGCCCAGAAUGACCAGUUGGUCCCCUGCCCGUUGUGUCUCCAGGGCAGUCAGAAUGUGGCCCCCGAGGUCUGGAAACUGACCCUCAACUCUCAGGAUGAGGCUCUGUGGCUGAUCUCACAUUUGACAAGGCUCUAGGGAGGUGGCCUGCAGAAAUACUCUGCCUGUUUUUUGAGAUCUUUAAUAAUAUGAACAUGAUGAAAGCAGUCAAGGACUAUGAAUAGUUCAGUGUAGCUAAUUGAUCUGAAACUGGAAAAAUGCAGACCUCUAAAAUUGAAAAUGUAAAUAUUUUAAGUCUCUAAAAUAAAAAAAAAAUAGCUGAAAGCAGAACAAUGAUAAAACGUCUUUAUCACCUUCUUGAUUCAUUUUCUUGAAACUCAGCCUUGUGAAUUUGGGCCCGCCUCAUUAUUUGUGAGAUGAUUAAAGCAUUUCUGAUUUUGUUUCUCGUCACGUCCACUUAUAGCACGGUGGCUUGGAAUCUGUGUGUGCCUGCUGGAUUCUGGCUAAUUUGUGCUGCCUGAAAAGGUGUCCGAUCUGGUAGUGACCUUCAUUGACAUCCUCCGUUUUAGCCAUGAUUAGGACAGCUCUGUAGCAGAGCACAUUAGUGAUGCAUCAGGCUUCCCAGAAGGACCCAGGGAUUUGAAAUGCCCUCCUCUCACUGUAAUGCCUGCAAUGGAGACAGCCCUGGGUGCCCUGCGGUAUCUUCUUCCUUAGUUAAUUGCCUUUUCCUUCUUCCUUUCAGACUUCGUGACUAUUCCUUUCCAACCUAGGUGAUUUCAGCUCCUUACUUGGUUUAUUUUUGACUACCCUUCCCGCUAUUCCACAUGCUCUUUCUUUCUCUGAGUUCUUGUAUUUCUAUCCUAGAAAGGCUCUUCAUCCCCAAGUCUGACUUUUUCUAGCGCCCUCUUUAUGCUGUCUGAUCCAAUAUAGGGUCACCGCAGAAGGCAUUCAGCACUUUUCCCUGGCUGCCCUCCCUCUUGCCUCUCACUUAACCUAUCACUCGUAACUUCUGACCGAAGUGUUUUGCUGGCCUCCCGUCUGAGAUGAGCUCAUGCCCAUCAUCCUCACGGAGGUCUUCUGUCUUCACAAAGUGCCGUCUAGUAGUCACGUACCCUCCUCCUCUCUGCUCUUCCGAAUCUCUCUCCUCUGACUGACCCUUUCCUUUGUAUUCACCUCUGUUCCGCAUUCCUGUAAGGAAUCAGAUUACACAUUUUAUGUUUUUAUUUCAUCUGACCCUGAGUUGCUCUGCCCGUGUUCUCCUGUCUCCCAGCUAUG